UGAGCCUGCCUGGGUACUCUAUCGUAGUCGAUGACACGCAGAACUGUGUGUUGUUGUAAUUAGAGAGAGAAAUAGUCAGAUGAGAAUAAUAAACAAAUCUAGAGAAAGAAUAGUGGGGUUUUAGGAAAAUGAUGUUGUUUCUCACUAUGAAAAUCAAAAACUUCAAAAACAAAACUCCUUCUUCUCCCCUUUCUUCUUCUUUCUUCUUCUGCUUCUGCUUCUGCUCAGUUAAACAAAAACCUUGAAACAAAAAGAAAUUAAUAAAUCAAUCUAUAUAUAUUAUUUGUAGAAGAAUAUGUGGGAGAAGAGAAGAAGAAUCUGAGCUGCUGCCAAUGCCCUUUUGUUUUUUUCUUUUAAUUAAAAAUAAAGGAUGGCUGAAGAUCUCUGUUUAAUCAACAACAAGGAUUCAUCCUUUAUAAUAAAAGUUCCUAAAAAAUCUCCACUGGUAUCAAGGAUGGUUCUUUUACUGUUUGCCAUGAUUUGUGGUGUUUAUAUCUGUUCAAUCUGUCUUAAACAAAUUAAUACUCAAUCAAGACCCAAAUUAGCUGUCCCUUAUAUGAAACGGCCUUGUCCUGCUCCUGCUGUUGAAAAGGGGGAACUGCGAUACCUGCAUUACCCGAAGCCGAUUACAUAUGAAAGGGAAGAAUGUGCGUGCAAUCCUGUUCGCUACUUUGCUAUAUUAUCCAUGCAAAGAUCUGGGAGUGGAUGGUUUGAAACGUUAUUGAACAGCCAUAUAAAUGUAAGCUCAAACGGGGAGAUCUUUUCUAACAAAGAGAGGAGGAGUAAUAUUUCAUCAAUUGUUAAUACUUUAGAUAAGGUUUACAAUCUAGACUGGUUUAGUAGUGCUUCAAAGAAUGAGUGCUCCGCUGCUGUUGGAUUCAAGUGGAUGCUUAAUCAGGGUUUGUUGGCGCAUCAGGAACAGAUAGUGGAGUACUUCAACAGAAGGGGUGUUUCUGCAGUUUUUCUCUUCCGAAGAAACUUGUUACGUAGGUUGAUUUCAGUGCUUGCAAACAAUUAUGAUCGAAAUUUUAAACUACUAAAUGGGACCCAUAAGUCUCAUGUUCAUUCACAUCAUCAGGCUGAGAUACUAGCACAGUAUAAACCUACGAUCAAUGCAACAUUAUUAAUAAACAAUCUGAAGGUUGUGGAAGACACAACUGCAAAGGCUUUGGAGUACUUCAAUAGUACUAGGCAUAUCAUCGUUUACUACGAGGAUCUUAUCAGCAGCAAGACUAAACUGGCCGAGGUGCAAGGCUUUCUAAGGGUGCCACUAAUGGAGCUGAAAAGCCGACAGGUGAAGAUUCACAAAGGGUCACUAGCGGAUCAUGUCCAGAACUGGGACGAUGUUAACAAAACUCUAACAGGAACGCCGUAUGAGAGAUACCUCUAUGCAGAUUAUGAAAUGUAAUGUAUCUGAACACCCUGUGAUGUACAUAGCACCCACUUACCCUUUUCAGUUUUAGGUCACAUCAAGAGGUGUAAAUGUGCUCCCGAGUUUAAAAUUUUGGUUGCUGCACAGGCUUUGUCUACAUUUUCUGCUUCUUUAUUCUUUUGUUCUCUUUCCUUUUCUCACCUUUUCAUCUUAAUUUAAUCAUUUAUCAGUAGUUGAUUCUGGCUUAUAGACA